CCGAGUUUCCGCGUCGCCGGUGGGGGAGGGCGGCGAGGGAGGCAGCUCCCGGACGCCUGGGUUCCCCGGACGCCUGGGUCCCUUCUCCGGACGCGGCGUCUCCGGACGCCCCUUCGGGCGCGAUGGUAAGGGGAGGAAGGGCGGCGGAGGGGGGGGGAGAGGCGCCUUCGCCGCCGAGGCUCCUGCGGGCCGGACCGGCGCCUGUCCCGGGCCGGGGGCGCCUCCGCGUCGCCUGGUCCUGCCCGACGGGGCGCCCGCUCCGGGUCUGGGGGCGCAGCAGCAGCAGGAGGCGCCCCCUGAUCUCUCUUUCUCCCCCCCCCCCAGUCCGCUUCCUUGGACCUGAAGUCGAAGGAGGAGAAAGACGCCGAGCUGGACAAGCGGAUCGAGGCCCUGCGGCGCAAGAACCAGGCGCUCAUCAAGCGCUACCAGGUGAGACGCGGCCGCGGGAUCCGGAUUAAGGGGCCGCGCGGGGCGGACGGGGGAGUCCCUCGGGCGGCUAAUCCGGGGGAGGAAGAGGCGUCGUCCGGCUAAGCGGCUUAGCGAGGCCCGGCGCCUUUGCUUCGCGUGACCUUGCCGGGGCAGCCAGGCAAGGCAGAGCUGGAAGGGGCACCCAGGGGUCCUCUAGCCGAACCCCCUGCCAUGGCACAGCUGCUGCUGUUGUUUAGCCGUGUCCGCCUCUUCGUGACCCCUGGACCAGAGCAGGCCAGGCCCUCCCGUCUUCCACUGCCUCCCUCAUGCUGGUCGCUUUGAGAACACUGUCCCACCAUCUCGUCCUCUGUCGUCCCCUUCUCCUUGUGCCCUCCAUCUUUCCCAGCAUCAGGGUCUUUUCAUAGAAUCAUAGAAUCCUAGAAUCCUAGAGUUGGAAGAGACCACAAGGGCCAUCGAGUCCAACCCCCUGCCAAGCAGGAAACACCAUCAGAGCACUCCUGACAUAUGGUUGUCAAGCCUCUGCUUAAAGACCUCCAAAGAAGGAGACUCCACCACACUCCGUGGCAGCAAAUUCCACUGUCGAACAGCUCUUACUGUCAGGAAGUUCUUCCUAAUGUUUAGGUGGAAUCUUCUUUCUUGCAGUUUGGAUCCAUUGCUCCGUGUCCGCUUCUCUGGAGCAGCAGAAAACAACCUUUCUCCCUCCUCUAUGUGACAUCCUUUUAUAUAUUUGAACAUGGCUAUCAUAUCACCCCUUAACCUCCUCUUCUCCAGGCUAAACAUGCCCAGCUCCCUUAGCCGUUCCUCAUAAGGCAUCGUUUCCAGGCCUUUGACCAUUUUGGUUGCCCUCCUCUGGACCCGUUCCAGUUUGUCAGUGUCCUUCUUGAACUGUGGUGCCCAGAACUGGACACAGUACUCCAGGUGAGGUCUGACCAGAGCAGAAUACAGUGGCACUAUUACUUCCCUUGAUCUAGAUGCUAUGCUCCUAUUGAUGCAGCCCAGAAUUGCAUUGGCUCUUUUAGCUGCCGCGUCACACUGUUGGCUCAUGUCAAGUUUGUGGUCAACCAAGACUCCUAGAUCCUUUUCACAUGUACUGCUCUCAAGCCAGGUGUCCCCUAUCUUGUAUUUGUGCCUCUCAUUUUUUUGCCCAAGUGCAAUACUUUACAUUUCUCCCUGUUCAAAUUCAUCUUGUUUGUUUUGGCCCAGUUCUCUAAUCUGUCAAGGUCGUUUUGAAGUGUGAUCCUGUCCUCUGGGGUGUUAGCCACCCCUCCCAAUUUGGUGUCAUCUGCAAAUUUGAUCAGGAUGCCCUUGAGUCCAUCAUCCAAGUCGUUGAUAAAGAUGUUGAAUAAGACCGGGCCCAAGACAGAAGCCUGUGGCACCCCACUAGUCACUCUUCUCCAGGAUGAAGAGGAACCAUUGAUGAGCACCCUUUGGGUUCGGUCAGUCAGCCAGUUACAAAUCCACUGAGUGGUAGCAUAGUCAAGACCGCAUUUUACCAGCUUCUUUACAAGAAUAUCAUGAGGCACCUUGUCAAAUGCCUUGCUGAAAUCAAGGUAGGCUACAUCCACUGCGUUCCCUUCAUCUACCAGGCUUGUAAUUCUGUCAAAAACGAGAUCAGGUUAGUCUGACAUGACUUAUUUUUCAGAAAUCCAUGCUGACUAUUGGUGAUCACAGCAUUCCUUUCUAGGUGCUCACAGACUGUUUGCUUAAUGAUCUGCUCCAGAAUCUUCCCUGGUAUUGAUGUCAGACUGACUGGGCGGUAAUUAUUUGGGUCCUCUCUUUUCCCCUUUUUGAAAAUAGGGACAACAUUUGCUCUCCUCCAGUCUGCUGGGACCUCGCCUGUUCUCCAGGAAUUCUCAAAGAUGACUGCCAGUGGUUCUGAGAUCACAUCUGCCAGUUCUUUUAAUACUCUUGGAUGCAGUUCAUCUGGCCCUGGAGACUUGAAUACAUCUAAACUAGCCAAGUAUUCUUGUACUAUCUCCUUAGUUAUUCUGGGCUGUGUUUCCUUUGCUGAAUCAUUUGCUCCAAAUUCUUCAGGUCGGGCAUUGUUUUCUUUAUCGGAGAAGACUGAGGCAAAGAAGGCAUUGAGGAGUUCAGCUCUUUCUGUGUCCCCUGUUUGCAUUUCACCAUCUUCUCCUCUGAGUGACCCCACUGUUUCUUUGUUCUUCCUUUUGCUACGGACAUACCCAUAAAAGCCUUUUUUGUUGCUUUUAACCUCUCUAGCAAGCCUGAGUUCAUUCUGUGCUUUAGCUUUUCUGACUUUGUGUCUACACGUGCUGGCUAUUUGUUUGAAUUCCUCUUUGGUGGUUUCCCCCCUUUUCCAUUUUUUGUACACAUCCUUUUUAAAUCUUAACUCAGUUAAAAGUUCUUUAGAUAGCCACCCUGGCUUCUUUAGGCACCUUCCAUGUUUCUGUCUCAUUGGUAUUGCCUGACGUUGUGCUUUUAGUAUCUCUCUCUUAACAAACUCCCAGCCAUCAUGAACUCCCUUUCCUUUUAGUAUUACUGUCCAUGGGAUCUCACCCAGCACUUCCUAAGUUUUAUGAAGUCGGCUUUCUUAAAGUCAAGAAAUUGAGUCCUAGUAUGCUUGGCUGCUCCUUUCCGCUGUAUAGUAAACUUCAGAAGAGCAUGAUCACUCGCGCCUAAUGAUCCUUCCACUUCUACCCCACUAACCAGGUCAUCAACAUUGGUUAGGACCAGAUCUAAAAUGGCUGUUCCUCUUGUUGCUUCUCCCACUUUCUGGACAAUGAAGUUGUCUGCAAGGCCAGUGAGGAAUCUGUUUGACCUUAUGCUCUUGGCUGAGUUUGACAUCCAACAAAUAUCCGGGUAAUUGAAGUCCCCCAUUACUACUAUCUCCCUUCCUUUUGCAUGCUUGGCCAUCUGUUCCAGGAAGGCAUCAUCUAUGUCCUCCGUUUGGCUUGGGGAUCUAUAGUAAACUCCCACAAUGAGGUCACUGUUAUUCUUCUCUCCCUUAAUUUUGACCCAAAUGCUCUCACUUUGGCUUUGAGGUUCUAAAUCUUGGAUCUCUUCACAGGUAUACACAUCCCUGACAUAUAACGCCACUCCUCCUCCUUUCUUGUCUGGUCUGUUUCUCUGAAAUAGAUUGUAUCCCCCCCCAUUAUUACAUUCCAAUCGUGGGACUUAUCCCACCAGGUUUCAGUGAUGCCUAUUAUGUCAUAUUUAGUUUGCUGUACCAAGAGCUCAAGCUCAUCUUGUUUAUUUCCCAUGCUUUGCGCAUUAGUGUACAGACAUUGAAGUCCAUUAAUCAUUCCCACGUGUCUCUUAUUUAAGGAUUUUUUCCUCCCACCACUAGGUCUGCGUGCUGUUUACUCCAUUUGGUCUAUGACAUUUGGAUGAUCAUCUUCAUCAAUUGAUAGACUCCUACCUUCAGGAGCACUGUCUCCCUCCCCCACAUUAGUCAGUUUAAAGCCCUCCUGAUGAGGUUUCUGAGAUUUUUGGCAAAAACAUUCCUCCCAACCGUUGUGAGGUGCAGCCCAUCGCUUGCCAGAAGUCCAUCUUCAAGAAACUGCAGUCCGUGAUCUAAGAAUCCAAACCGUUCCUGUUUACACCAUUUGCGAAGCCAGCUGUUCACUUCCACUAUUUUCCCCUCUCUCCCUGGGCCACGUCGUUCAACUGGGAGGACAGAUGAGAUCACAAUUUGUGCAUUUAAUUGCUUCAAUUUCCUGCCCAGAGCCUCGUAGUCUCUUUUGAUCUUCUGGAGGCUAUUGCUUGCAGUGUCAUUGGUUCCCACAUGAACCAAGAGGAAGGGGUAUUUGUCAGUGGGUUUUAUGAUUCCUUGCAGUCGUUCAGUUACAUCUUGGAUCUUAGCCCGGGGAGACAGCACACUUCCCGAGACAUCUUGUCAGGCCCACAGAUCACUGCUUCUGUUCCCCUCACUAGGGAAUCCCCUAUCACCACUACACGCCUCCUCUUAGGUUUGGUCGGGGUUCUUCCGUGAGCUGUCCGCUCCAAGGUCGCCUGCACAUUUCACAUUUUCCAGGGAGUCUUCUCUUCUCCUGAGGUGGCCAAAGUCUUGGAGCCUCAGCUUCAGGAUCUGUCCUUCCAGUGAGCGCUCAGGGCUGAUUUCCUUCAGAAUGGAGAGGUUUGAUCUUCUUGCAGUCCAUGGGACUCUCAAGAGUCUCCUCCAGCACCAGAAUUCAAAAGCAUCCAUUCUUCGGCGAUCAGCCUUCUUGAUGGUCCAGCUCUCACUUCCAUACAUCACUACAGUGGUACCUCGGGUUACAGACGCUUCAGGUUACAGACUCCACUAACCCAGAAAUAUUACCUUGGGUUAAGAACUUUGCUUCAGGAUGAGAACAGAAAACGCGCGGUGGCAGCAGGAGGCCCCAUUAGCUAAAGUGGUGCUUCAGAUUAAGAACAAUUUCGGGUUAAGAAUGGACCUCCGGAACGAAUUAUAACCCGAGGUACCACUGUACUCGGAAAAGCAUAGUUUUAACUAUAUGGGCCUUUGUUGGCAAGGUGAUGUCUCUGUUUUUUAAGAUGCUGUCUAGGUUUGUCAUUGCUUUUCUCCCAAGAAGCAGACGUCUUUUAAUUUUGUGGCUGCUGUCCCCAUCUGCAGUGAUCAUGGAGCCCAAGAAAAUAAUAUCUCUCACAUUGCACAGCAGUCGCGCCUCAAGAAUCCCUGGGGACGGGGGCCAGGGCCCCUCUGCUCCAAGGCUUCCGGAGAAGGGGGUCCACCACCUUCCAAGAUCAUGGAGGGAUCCAGGGGUCAUCUAGCCCAACCCCCAGCAGUGCAGGGAACACAGUUCAAGACCCCCUGGCAGGAAGGAGAGGCGACUGCCUUCCAAGGCAGCCCCUUCCCCAUAGACUCUCCUUCUCUGCCGUUGGAAUUAAUUGCUCCGAAGGUGCAUCUGGGGGGGGGGUCCCUGAGAGGCCUGUGAUUUCUUGGGGGUGGGCUGCCUGCCUCCCCACCUGACGCACUUUUCUCUCCUCCCCCCCCAGGAGAUAGAAGAAGAUCGCAAGAAGGCUGAACAGGAGGGCAUUGCCGUGACGGGGGUCCAUCAUCGCCACCCCCGCUCUGCGGAGGGGGAGGGCCCGGAGCGCCGGCGGGGGGAGCUGGACGCCCCCACCCUGACGGUGCAGGUCUUGCUGUCCCCAGAGGUGGGUGCUGUGCGGGGGAGAGGCAGAAGGGUGGGGGCGUGGCGGGGGAAGGGGGCAACUGGGGCUCCUCCCUCACCCUUUUCCCACUUCCGUCUCCCCGCAGGAGAAGCGCCUGGUCAGCAGCGACAGGAAGCCCUUCCGCCCGGGCCCAGCCGCCCCCCGGGGCUCCGUCCGAGGCGCCCCCUACCCAGGCCCCCGCUCCCCCCGAGCUGAGGGACCCCCGGAGCAGCCUCGAUGGGAAGGGGCCGGCCCGGAGGGCCCAGGGGCCAGCAGGCGGGGAGGCGGGCGAGGGGCCCGCGGACAGAGGGCGAGGGGCCGGGGGGCCCCCGCUGGCGACGCCGGGCCUGACCGGAGGUCCAAGGUGAGGGGUCUCGGGCCUAGGGAGGGGGUGGGAUGUGGGGAGACCGGACCCCCUCUCUGAGCCCCUCUUUCUGGGCAGGAGUGGGAAGAGCGUCGCCGGCAAAACAUUGAGAAGAUGAACGAGGAGAUGGAGAAGAUUGCGGAGUACGAGCGCAGCCAGCGGGUGAGUCGGGGUGGGGUGGGGAGGGGGCUUGUGCUGCCGAGAGGGGGUGUCCGUAUAGGGCAAGAGUCUCUGGCCUGGCCUGGACCGGGGGUCUCCCCCCUCUCUCCUCCCAGCAGGACGGGGCCCAGGAGAAGAAUCCCAUCCGGAACUUCCUGGACGACCCACGGCGUAGCGGCGCCUUUGCUGAGACCGACCGGCGGGAGGGCAGCCGGCGCCACGUCCGCAACUGGGGGGGCGCCGACUUCGAGAAGGUCAAGACGGGCAUGGAGCAGGGCAAGCAGUGGUCGCCUCCGGUACGUGGCCGAAUUCUGCCCUUGAUCCAGGCUAGAUUCCGGUGGAGUUGGCAGAGUAACAACUUAAGCACGUUGCAGGAUUCCCCCAAAAUAUACCAGAGGCCAUUGCGUUUCAUCCAGCAGAGCUUUGCAGAAUGGGCUCAAAUCCUGUACAUUCAGGAUUGGCCCUGUUCAAUUGCAGCAGACUUACCGUAUUUUUUGCUCUAUAACACGUACCUGAGCAUAACACGCACGUAGUUUUUAGAGGAGGAAAAUCCGUAGGCAUGCCACCCGUAGGCAUUCCCUCCAUAACACGCACAGACAUUUCCCCAUACUUUCUAGGAGGAAAAAAAUUAGUGUUAUGGUGCAAAAAAUACGGUAACUUAAACUUACCAUAACUUAUACGUAGUAAGUCUUAACGCUAAGCAUACUAUGUACAGUUGUAACUUGGUUCUCAAAUGCUUUGGUACUUGUAUGCUUUGGCUCCUGAAUGCAGAACACCUGGACGUACCAUACUUUUCUGUGUAUAAGACUUAGGUUAUUUUUAUUGUAAAAAUAAAUUCAAAAUUGUGGGUCAUCUUAUACACAGAUACAAUCUCCCACCAUUUUCUUAAUUUGGAGUCCCCCAAAAUAGGGGGCGUCUUAUACAUGGAGGCGUGUUAUACACGGAAAAAUACGGUAAGUGUUCCGGUUUUUGAACGUUUUUCGGAGGUUGAAUGUCCGGCGCGGCUUCUGCAUGAGUGCAGGAAGCUCCUGCAGCCAAUCAGAAGCUGUGCCUUGGUUUUCAAAUGGUUUUGGGAGUUGAACGGACUCCUGGAACGGAUUAAUUUUGAGAACCAAGGUUCCACUAUACGGAACAUCAUCCCAGAAGGGAAGGAGCUGCCGGCAGGUGGAGAGGAAGUGUUUCAGCCCCAGGGAUGUGGGUGUGUCGUGUGGCCCCCUGGCCCUCUGUGGGGCCCCUCCCUUCAUUGGCCUCGGUACCCCAGACCCCCCCUUUGCAGCUCUCCUGGUUUUGGGGGCUGCAUCCUUGCAGCAAGGGGUUCCCUCCACCUGUCUGCUCCUCUUUGCCCUUGGCACCUGACCUCCCUCCCUCCGUCUAGAAUCAUAGAUCUUUAGAGUGGGGCCCCCAGGGGUCAUCCAGCCCACCCCCGGGCAGCGCAGGGGUCCGACCUCUGCUUGAGAACUGGCUCUCCCUGGCAGGGUCGUGGUGGCGCCCGGCGCCGGGGGGUUCCGGUUGCGUCCCCCUUGGACAUGACGCUCUCCAUGACGGGCCGGGAGCGCGCAGAGUACGUCCGGUGGAAGCAGGAGCGGGAGCAGAUUGACCAGGAGCGCCUAGCCAGGCACCGCCAGCCCACGGGGGAGUGGCGCCGCGAGUGGGACGCGCAGAAGAUGGAGGCCGCGUAAGUCGGGGGCGCGGGAGCCUUGGGGCUUUCCGGGGGGGGGGAAUCCUGGUCUGGCGGGGGGGGCAGAUCGGACUCAUGCUUUCAGUGGGGGGACGGGACUGGGGGACCCUGGGCCCCACUCACUUGCAGAAUAGGGAAUGCAGGGGGAGGGGGGCUUUAUUUACCUGUUUCAUAAAAUUGUAUUUCAGAAACAAAACUUCAAAGCAGUUUACAAAGCAAUAAAAUCAUGAAAUUGCAGAAGGCAAAGGGGAUUCCUGGCCAGCUCCACUUGGAAGUGGGGGGCCGGGCUGGGCAGAAGCCCCUUUUUGGAGGGGUUUUGUUCCUUCCAAGGGCCCUGAGCAGCCUCCUAGAAUCACAAAAUUGUAGAAUUGGGACCCCAAGGGUCAUCCAUUCCAACCCCUGGCUGAUUUUCCUCACUGUCCUCCUUUCCCUUUCCCAGGUUUAAAGAGGGUGCCAAGCCCAGCGGUCCAAGCGGCGGCAGGCAUGGUAAGGAGGAAUUUUGAAGGGGCUUUGGGGAGACCCUCUGCGUAGGCUCCUGGGCGCAGACCCCUGCGACGAGCUCAGGCGCCUCAGUCACCGCUCACGCCGACCUGCCCACGCUCACUUCAAUAUCUAAUAAUACGCUAGUUCACUUCAAGUCGUUUUCAGAGGUUUUGGCUUUCUAGUUCGGUUCCUUUCUCAGGCGGCACGUUCCUUCAGUAUGUUUAGUCGUUUAGUCGUGUCCGCCUCUUCGUGACCCCCUGGACUAGAGCACGCCAGGCACUCCUGUCUUCCACUGCCUCCCGCAGUUUGGUCAAACUCAUGCUGGUAGCUUCGAGAACACUGUCCAACCAUCUCGUCCUCUGUCGUCCCCUUCUCCUUGUGCCCUCCAUCUUUCCCAACAUCAGGGUCUUCUCCAGGGAGUCUUCUCUUCUCAUGACGUGGCCAAAGUCUUGGAGCCUCAGCUUCAGGAUCUGUCCUUCCAGUGAGCACUCAGGGCUGAUUUCCUUCAGAAUGGAGAGGUUUGAUCUUCUUGCAGUCCAUGGGACUCUCCAGAGUCUCCUCCUGCACCAUAAUUCAAAAGCAUCAAUUCUUCGGCGAUCAGCCUUCUUGAUGGUCCAGCUCUCACUUCCAUACAUCACUACGGGGAAAACAUUCCUUUAGUUACCCCCCCACCCCUUUAACAAAUCCCACUCCUGAGGUGCUUUCAGUAAUAGUCUAUGGCAGUGGUGGUGAACCCACGGCACGUUCGCCAGAGUGGGCACCCAGAGCCCUCUCGCUUGGCAUGGUGCUCGCCCUCCCCCCAGCAGUUCCAUUCUUGGGGGUUGCGCUCCGGGGCCACGCGAGGUGAGUGCCUGGGGAGGGGGCUCGAGGGGGCGGGGCGCCUGCUGCUGGGCGAGGGGAGGGCGGUGGGACCCACAAAGCGCCUCUGAGCCAGGGCGGUGGUUGUUCCGCAGGAGCUGUCCCGCAAACAAAGGGCUGGCGCCCCCCCGGGGCGUGGGGCAAGAGGGGCGCGGCUCAGCCCCUGUGUCUCCCAGCCGCAGGUGCCCGCGGAAGAGGGGGCGGACCCUCCGCUCCUCUCCCCACCUGAGCCGCUCCCCCCACGCCACUGCAGGUGGGAGCAUGCGACGGAUGCAACAGUGUUGGGGGAGUUGCGCACCCGCCAAGCAGCUCAUUUCCUGUGGCGCCGCUCCCCCCCCCACGUGAUUAGUUGUGCCUCAAGCAGGAAACACCGUAUGUUUUGCUCCAUAAGACACACUUUUUUCUUCCUAAAAAGUAAGGGGAAAUGUCUGUGUGUCUUAUGGAGCGAAUGUGUGGUCCCUGGAGCCAAAUUGCCCAGGGACGAAAAACAGAUCAUGUUCUUUUUUUUGAAAGAGGGAAGGGGGUGUUGAAAGAAAGCUGCUGUUCGGCAAGUGAUCAGGAGGAGAGGAGGAGAGGAGACAGGAAGACUAAAGCAAUGAGGAGAGAAAUUUGAAGAAAAGGAGGAGCAAAAAGCUGCUCCAACUGAGGAAAAGACUCUAAGGCAAACAAGAGGGAAAGGAAGCAGCUGAUCGGUGGGAUCGGGAGAGAGAUAAGGGACGCUAGCUAGACAGGAGGCUGCCUGGAGGGGGGAGGUAAAAGCCCAUGGAUCCUCAGGAUUUUUGCAUUGGGUCACCCCAAAUUCACCAUCAGAUCACACAGCAUGUCCACAGCUACAGCCUGCACCAAAAACCCCCACGCACUCACUGUUUUGGGGGCUGCAAUGGUGCAAAAAUGUGGUUACAAAGCACAGAUCCAUAGGGAUCCUCAGGAUUUUUGCAUUGGGCUACCCCAAACUCACAUGUCUGUGGCCACAGCAUGAACCACAAAAAUCAUACAUCCACUGUUUCGUUCGGAAUAUUUUUUUUCUUGUUUUCCUCCUCUAAAAACUAGGUGCGUCUUAUGUAGCGAAAAAUACAUUAUACAGUGGCAAUAGGAACCCAGUAGGAAAAAUGUACCUAAAUUAAGCCUGAUUUAUAGUGGCUGGCCCCUUCUCAGAGCUCCUCCCUGGGCCCCCUUUUCCCCUCUGCCUCCUCAAGGACCCGCUGGACAGUCUGCGCUGCUUCAGGACAGGUGUCUCCUUCCCCUUCCUUUUCUUGCCUUCCUUUUAGCUCAUGGGAGGUCUGGCUGGUCUUUCUUCACCCAGUCAUGUCAAGGAGCAGCAUGGGGGCUAAAAGGAGGAAUAAAUGGAGGACAAUAUCCCACUCCCCCCAGAAAAGCUCUUCUUUCUCUUUCUGUGGAGGCUCUAGGCCCCUCUUGAAGGACCUUUACCUUGCUCCAAUCAGGAUAAAUAUUUCCACCCCUUGGGACGGGACCGAAAUAGUUUACUUGCCUCAUAGCAAACUGGCAUUUUGAAGCUUGGACCGUUAGGCUGUCUCUUUUUGUACCACCUUGGAGUGUAUGAGGGAAACUUCCUCUCCCGUGUCCCUUAAUCCUUUUAAGACCUCUUUAUUUGUGGCAGAGGUCAGCAACCUUAGGCCCAUGAGGGUCGCUUAGCUGGCCCAUGAACUGUCCCCAAACCAAGCUGCCUGCUUGGCAAGUCCCUGCGCCCUGCGCUAAACUGGUGCACCACGGCAUGGGGACUCCCUUCCGCGGCUCCGGAAAUCACUUCUGCACAAGCCCAGAUGCCGGAAAUCGCGUCUGCUCAUGUUUGCUGUGCCGGAAACCGCUUCUGUGCGCAAUUUACAGCGUCUGGGCAUGCGCAGAAGUGAUUUCUGGUGCUGCCCUGGUCUGGCCCAUGGAGAAUCUCCGCAGGAGUGAUCCGGCCCGUGCUCAGUAAGCCUUGCCGACCCCUGAUUUAUGGUAAAUCACACUUUAUAUAUAUCCUGCCAACCUAGCAGUUCAAAAGCAUGUCAAAAGUGCAAGUAGAUAAAUAGGUACCGCUCUGGCGGGAAGGUAAACAGUGUUUCCGUGCGCUGCUCUGGUUCGCCAGAAGCGGCUUAGUCCUGCUGGCCACAUGAGCCGGAAGCUGUACGCCGGCUCCCUCGGCCAAUAAAGCGAGAUGAGUGCCGCAACCCCAGAGUCGGCCACGACUGGACCUAGUGGUCAGGGGUCCCUUUACCUUUACACUUUAUAUUUCAGCCUGACUCCUCACCCACCUCCACUCAACUGACUCUCUCCCUCCAAAGCCUCUCCUUUUAAGCCCACCCUCCUGGAACCACGGCCAAUCAGAGGCUGCCGUUCUUUAACCAUUUGCUGGCAGGAGAAAAAAGUAACCAGCUUUUCAGAGGCAGCCCUCCUUGGCUGCUCUCUGCCCUCCUGCCCGCCUGAUUCCUUCCUUCCUUCCUCUUCCCCACAGAUGAGCCCAGGCGGCCCCCCAAGCCCCCCACUUUUGGGCAGUUCCUGGCCGAGCCGCAGCCGGAGCGACGCAGGAAGGGCCGCGGCCGCGGAGGAGGAGGCAGGCGAGGAGGAGGGGGAGCGGGACCCCCCAAGCCCUACAGGUGAGCCUGGCCUCUGUGGAGAUCAGUGGGGCAGACCCCCAACCCCCUGAUUCUCCCCCUGGGGGUGGGGGGUGGCACCUCCCUCCUGGUUCAGCUAUCGGGGUCUUAAUUCCGGGUCUCUCUCCUGCCAGCAUGCAUGAUGAUCGCUGGGAGGAGCAGGAGGAGCAGCCAGCGGCACCGGCGGCGGAUCGAGCCCCAGAGGAGGAGGAGGCAGGCAGGGCUGCCGCCCAGCAGGUCAGACGGGAGGGGAGGGAUUUUUUUGGGGUGGGGUCUUGGUCUUCCGCCGGCUUCCCCUAAAGAGUGGGUCUCAAACUCUUUUCUCUGGGCCCCCCUUUCAGAAUAAGAAUCCGAAGGAAUCUUAAGAGUUUGGAGGGGCACCCAGGGUGUCAUCUAGUCCAGCCCCCACCCCCCCACCAGGCAAGAAUCACAGCUGAAGAACCAUAGAAUUCUAGAUUUGGGGUUCCAAGUGCCAUCUAGUCUGUGUCAGGAGUCAGCCUACACUCGAGUAGGACCCUGGCAGAGACACAUCCCCGACUGGCAUUUUCUCUCCCUCCUGGUUGAUCGUUCAGGAGCUUCACAAGCUUUCUUCAUCACAGCGACCGAUGCCAACCGACACCGGCACACUUAGGGAUCUGCAGAGUUUGCGCAGCAUGCAUGACAGACUCUCAGCAACUCAGCAUUUUGGCUAAUCGACUUAAUUUACAUAUAAACACCCACGGAGCACUGCAACAUGGCUCCCUCUCUCUCUAGCAUCAGACAGCAAAGAGAAAAAGAACAAAGGACAAUAGUCCCACUUCGUGGAACACAGUCACACAAACAUCCUGUCUCCGUCACUUCCUGCUCUGUGGAGUCAAAACAUACACCGUCAUGUGAUAGACAACAAUCCCAUGACUGCAAUCAUGGAGCGGGAAUUCUAACAGUCUGACCCCCCGCAAUACACGUGCAGUGCUCAUAUCCACAAGGUUGGCGCUGAAUGUUCCACGAUUGUGCCACACCAGCCUUUUAAUCAGAAAUACAUCAGGAAAGACAACUAGAAUUGUCCUCAGAUUAAUAAUAAUAAUAAUAAUAAUAAUAAUAAUAAUAAUAUCACAUGAUGCAUUUUGAAAAAAUGGCUAUCCAUGUCUUGCAAAUACAAAAAAUUGUUUUUAUAGUAUAUAGUCAUACCUUGGUUUCCGAACAGCUUAGUUCCCGAACGUUUUGGCUCCUGAGCGCCGCAAAAACCCAGAAGUGACUCUUCCGGUUUGCAAACUCUUUUUGGAAGCCGAACGUGUGACUGGCCUUCUGAUUGGCUGCAGGAGCUUCAUGCAGUCAAUCAGAAGCCGUGCUUUGGUUUUUGAACGUUUUGGAAGUCAAAUGGACUUCCGGAACGGAUUCUGUUUGACUUCCGAGGUAGGUCUGUAGACUACACUGCACUGAAAUGCCUAAAUGUUUCUUUGCUUGCCCUCGACUCUUCCUACUGUUCUAAAGCGAGAACAACAUCUCUCGGUCGUAGUCACAGCCACUAAGCAGCACAGGACCAGGGAAUGACAGGGCUGUAGGGUCUGGGAGGGACCCCAAGGUGCCAUCUAGUCCAUCCCCUGCAAGGCAGGAAUCUCAGCUGAAGCAUCCGUGGCUGAUGGCCAUCCAACCUCCACUUAAAAGCCUCCAAGGAAGGAAAGAGUCUAAUAAUAAUAAUAAUAAUAAUAAUAAUAAUAAUAAUAAUAAUAAACUAUUUGUACCUGCCCAUCUGGCUGGGUUUCCCCUCCACCGCCAUCAGCUGUUAUCCUCAGAAAGUUCUUUCUAACGUUGAGUCAGAAUCUGCCAUGAAUGCUUUAGUGAAGCUUCCUGCAUUGUAGGGGGUUGGAAUAGAUGACCUCUGGGGGUCCCGUUCCAGCUCUACAAAUCCGUGCUUUACAAAUUUGAAGCCAUGGGUUUGGGUCCUGCCUUCUGUGCCCUUUUUCACCUCUCGUGUGGUUCUUUGAAGCGUCCGGCCUUCACCCGCUGACCCCCGGCUUUGUCCUUCUUCUUCCGCAGGCGGGGGCCCCUUCCUCCCCCAGCCCCGGGGAGAAGGAGGAAGAGGAGGAGGAGGAAGACCAGUGGGAGGACGUCAGCGAGGGAGAGGAGGAGGAGGCCGAAGGCAGCGGCAGCCAGCCGGAGGAGGAGGAAGGGCCUGGCUUGGCCCCCCGGCCCCCGGGGCGAAACGGGCAGCUCUCUCUGACCAUGCCUGCCCCCCAGGCAGAGACCCCCAGCGCAGAGGGGAAGCCGCUCACCCCCUUCUCGCCGGCCGAGGGCUACUGCCCCGUCUCCGACUGGGGAGAGGAGAUGGAGCUCAGCUCGCCCCGGGCAAACCCCCCCCAGAACCCCCUGGCCGCCCCUGGGGAGGGGCCGCCCCCCACGGCAGGUGAGGAGCCAAGCGGGGUGGCGUGGGGGUCCGGCUCAGGGGUCCUGGGUCCCGCGGGUUGCUGUUACCGUGGGUCAGAACCAGGGUGGAUUUGAUUUCAACCAUUUAAAUCACAAUUUGAAUCACUAGUCAGUAAGACUCAAUUGAAAUCAUUUUUUUUAUAGAAAGACUCAUUCUUGCUGGUAUAAUUUUAACAUUUACAACCAGAGGAAGGUUUCAUUUUUGGAAUAAUAAAUUCUCAGAGUCGUUUUUACAGUUAUAUCAAAAAUGACUGAUUUGGUUCUACUAUUAGAAAUACCUUGAUAGAUAAUUAUGAAAUUGUUGUGAGGUUUCAUAAGUUAACUGUUUAUAUCUGGACAACUUUUCUGCUGUACUUGAUUGGAAGGAGAAAGAUAAUCAUUUCCUUAAUGACAAUUUAAACAAUUUAUUUAACUAAAGUAAGACCAUUAUAGCAUAUGUAUCCAUGUUUGUUAACUGAUGUGGUUUAACAAAACAAACAAAAAACCUUUGGCCGAGUUUUAGCACACAUGAAAAACUUAAAACAAAUCCUUAUAUCCUAUUGAAUAGCCUUUGGACUUAAAUGGAACUUAAAUAGAAAACUAUCUUUAGAAAGAUUUUUUUCCUCCAGAAGCAUUUUAUUUUAAAAAUCCAAUUUAAAUUUUAAAAAAUUUAAAAAUUAAAUUUAAAAAAUCAGAUUUUUUUGUUUUUGUUUUUAAAUCAUUGAUUUUUAUCCACCCUGGUCAGAACUCAGUUUGGGUCCUCCCAGCGCAUAAAGUAACUGAGGGGGGUGGGAAAUCCACUCUCCCCCCCCUCCACCUUGUGCAGCUAUAUCAUCUUCCUUCUCUUUCUGCAGGGACGAAGCCCCCAGACCCUCCAGCUGAGCAGGGCUCCCCUCAAGCGGAAGGGGCGGCCCCUCCUGGCCCCAUAGUGGCCCCCCCAGCUGUGGCAAAAGAGGAAAAAGAAGAGGAGGACCCGGAAGUUGUGGCCCCCGGAGGAGGGGAGGCUGCCCAGGAGCCUGGAGAGCCAGGUGCUGCGAGGGGCAAGGGAGGACCCCCCCAGGCCCCCCCUCUGCCAGACCCGGCUCUCCCUCGGGGACUGAAGCCCUCUUUCUUCUCCCCCCCAGGCGCUGCCACGGAGCAGGACCCGGCGGCUGCGUCCGGCGCGGUGGAGAUCACCGGUUUCCAGCGGGUGCGUUUCUGUAAGCUGCCCCCCAGCGGGCUCUAGCGGGCGCCCUCCCUGUGGGGCGGCCCUGGCAUGGGGUGCAAGGACCUCUCUGUCUCCCUGCACUGGCUCUGCGGCGCCACCUCCUGGCUGCUCCUUCUUCUCGCCCCUUGCAUGCGCCUGUCCUCCUCUCUGCAUGGCCGGCCUGACCCCUCUGCCCCACUUCCUGGCAGCAGUGGCUCUCUGGGGUUUCAGGGUCUUGCAGCCCCCCCACCCAGAGGGGUCAAACUAUAGACUAUCUGCCUGCGGGGAAGCAGCUCUGCCCUGAAUGGUGGGGUAAUAAUAAUUUAUACCCUGCACUUCCCGGUUCAGGAAACCGGGCUCAGGGCAGCUAACAACAAAUUUAAAACACUUAAUUUAUGCUACAAAAAACCCAGCAUAAAAUAUGGUAAAGGUAAAGGGACCCCUGACCAUUAGGUUCAGUUGCGGCCGACUCUGGGGUUGCGGCGCUCAUCUCGCUUUACUGGCCGAGGGAGCCGGCGUACAGCUUCCGGGUCAUGUGGCCAGCAGGACUAUGCCGCUUCUGAUGAACCAGAGCAGCGCAUGGAAAAGCCGUUUACCUUCCCGCCAGAGCGGUACCUAUUCAUCUACUUGCACUUUGACGUGCUUUCGAACUGCUAGGUGGGCAGGAGCAGGGACAGAGCUAUGACAGCUCACCCCGUCGCGGGGAUUCGAACCGCCGACCUUCUGAUCGGCAAGUCCUAGGCUCUGUGGUUUAGAUGACAGCGCCACCCACGUCCCCAUAAAAUAUGGAUAAAGCGUAAAUAACAAUAAAAUCAAAAAUCAGUUUCGGGGGGAAAUCCAUCCAAUGAACACUAGAUGAUCCCCAGGGCUGGCUGGCUAAAUUAGUCCCACUUGGGCCAGCGAGGAGACCAGGGGAGAACCAGCUGUGGGACCCCAGAGCGGGGGAUCUUCACCAAAAGGGGAGGGGGAGGGAAAGAAGGGGCAGCCCCAGGGGGGGUUGUUUCAGUGGUCUGCAUCACCCUCCUCUUUGGGCCACCCUGGGCCAUACCCCCCAUGGGCAAAAUUGAGCAGCUCGGGGAGGGGGGGCAUUCCUGAAUGGGCUUUUGUUGUGCAUUAUUUAUUUUUUUCAUUUCUAUACUGCUUCAUGUUUUUAAGAAAAAUCUCAAAGCGGUUUGCAGCAUAUUGAAACGUCAAUAAGAACAAUCCAGAAUCAAACAUUUCCAAAGAAAGUCAAAUAUAGGGUAUACAGUCAAAGCAACGUAACUAACAGAAAACUAAAAUAUUAUCUUUAAAGAUUUCAAAAUAAAACAUUGCAAAGGAGGUCAGUGACAGAAUACAUAUUUGACGCAAACAAAGUUAACAAAAAAACCCCUUAAACUUUUUUUUUUAAAAAAAAACAUUGCUAAGUGAAGUCAAAUAUAAAAUGCACAUUUGAAACGGCAUAAUAAACAAGAGAAUAAAAUAUUAUAAGCAUUUCCCCUUCAAACGAGGAGGAUUUUUCUCCUGCUCCUUCCCCUCUGUGGCAACAUUCAGCUGGCCUGGGAAAUGGGCGCAGCUGCCUUUCUGCUGGGCCAGGAAUACAGGGAUUGGGGCAAGACCCCCCCCCCCCAAUGUCCCAAGAGGAGAAUUUUCCCCUUCCCUCUAGAAGGCAGCCCUAUUUAGGGAAGUUUUUAAUGUUUGAUGAAUUCUUGUAUUUUAAUAUUUUGUUGGAAGCAGCCCAGAGUGGCUGGGGAAACCAGAUGGGCAGGGUAUAAAUAUUAUUAUAUUUAUUAUUCUCCCCCCCCCCCAGCCCACAGGUGCAAAGAGGGUGGCCAGAGCUGGUGGGAGUGAGUUGGGGUCCAAAGCGAGGGGGGGCUGGAGUUCUGGGAAAGAAGGGCGGAACGGAACGGAAGGAGGCUGGAGAGUCUCUGUAGGAAUUCCCCCAGCCCUUCCCUGGUGGAAUCCUGGCCACUUCCCUCCAUGGAAAUAUUGUGCAAUUAUUCAAAGCAGGGGGGGGGGCGGAGAGUAGAUUCUUCAGACACACAAAUAGGGAACCACAUUCAGGAAUCACAUUUAUUUCUAUUAACUUAUUCCUUGCCUUUUUCUCUAAGGAGCUGGAGGUGGGUUCUCCCCCCCAUUUAAUCCCCCCCCCCCGACGACCCUGCGAAGUGGGUUGGGCCAGAGGCAGCGACUGGCCCAAAGUCACACCCCAUGAGCUUCCUGGCUGGGGGGGGGCACGGAAUUUGAAUUUUGGUUUUCCAGAUCCUACCCUGACACUUGGAAAAGGGGGGGGGCUGGCCAGAAGCCUGUUUUUUUGGGGGGGGGCUUGGUGUGUCCCAAGGGCUCUGAGCAGCUUCAUAGAAUCAGAGAAUUGUAGAGUUGGCAGGGAUACCCAGGGGUCAUCUAGCCCAACCCGCUGCCAAAUCCAGGUCUCCGCCAACCUUUUAGUGUUGGCAUGGAAGCAUGGCGGCCUUGGCAUCGUGGGAAGUGGGGGGAGGCGGCUACUGCGGCCCCCGUGGCUCUUACGCUCUGCUCCCCACAGUCAGAAGGAGCAAUGCCAGGGUGGAUAAAAAUCAAUGAUUUCUUUUAAAAAUAAAUAAAUAAAUAAAUAGGAUUUUUAAAAAUUUAAAUCGGAUUUUUAAAAUAAAAUGCUUUGGGAGGGAGAAUCUUUCUAAAGGUAGUUUUCUAUUUAAGUUACAUUAUAGUCUAAAGAUUCAUCAGGAAAUAAGGAUUUGUUUUAAGUUUUUCAUGGGUGCUAAAACUCAGUCUAAGUUGGUUGUUGUUUUUUUAAAAAAAAAAGUUUAACCACAUCAGUUAACAAACAUGGAUACACAUGCUAUAAUGUUAUUGUUUCAGUUAAAUAAAUUGUUUAAAUUUAAAUUGUUAUUAAGGCAAUGAUUAUUUUUUCUCCUUCCAAUCAAGUACAGCAGAAAAGUUGUCCAAAUAUCAACCGUUAACUUAUGAAACCUCACCAGAAUUUCAUAAUUAUCUGUCAAGGUAUUUCUAAUAGUAGAACCAAAUCAGUCAUUUUUGAUAUAACUGUUAAAACCACUCUGAAAAUUUAUUAUUCCAAAAGUGAAACCUGGUUGUAAAUAUUAAGAUUAUACCAGCAAGAAUGAGUCUUUCUGUAGAAAAAAUGAUUUAAAUUGGGUCUUACUGACUAGAGAUUUAAAUCAAUUUGAUUUAAAUCAAAUCCACCCUGAGCACUGCUUCCGAAGACCCGUUGCUGGAAGCGGACGGAAGGGCGAGUGUUGCUCUCGUGGUCGGAUCCUGGCUGCAAGUUUCCCAUUGGGGCAUCUGAUUGGCCACUAGGAGAACAGGAGGCUGGCCCAGAUCCGGCAGCCGGGCUCUUCUGAUGUGCUAAUGGAGCCUCCAGCUCCAGAGGCAGUCUCUCUCGAUUUCUGGCUCUAUGGGGAAUUAGGCACUGCGAGGGCUGCCUGCUGGGCCAAGAGCCUGAUCCUGCAGGCUGUUCUUCGGGGGGCAGGGGCAGGGGCUACGUACAGCUGCCGGUUGGGGAAAGUCCUUGUCUGUUUCUGUGCUUCCGUUUGCCGCAUUAAACCUUUUCUCUUUCUCUCUGACGCUUCUCUUUGGGCUUCUCUUCUGUGCAUGCAGCCCCCACUGCCUUGGGGUGCCCCCCCUGCCCAGGUUCUCUGUCUCAGGAAUUGCCAGCUGGCUUGAUUCAUGGGCUGUGGCAGAGGGGAGACCCCCUCCAGUAGGAGUUUCUUUUGGGGGGGGGGAAGAGAGCAAAGGGAUGCUGCUGCAUGUUUGGGAAGGGGCAGGCAGUUGCCUUGGGCCUGACGGGACGUCCCUCUCCUCGGUUGCAGUUCCUGCAUUGGGGGGGUUGGGCUGGAUGACCCCCCGGUGUCCCACCCAGCCCUGCAAUUCCGUGUUUCUUCAGCUGUGCCGUUGAAAGGGGGAUGCUGCCCUCUGCUGGGAAAGCAGGGCACUGCAAGACAAGCCCGUUCAUAUCAUCUUUAUUAGCCUGCAGGAGGAUAGUGCUAAUGAUAAUUUAUUAUAUAUUAUUUAUACCCCACCCACCUGACUGGGUUUCCCCAGCCGCUCUGGGUGGCUCCCAACAGAAUUAAUGAUAGUACUUUUUUACCUGGGAAGAGGAAGUGGCCAUUGUCUCUCCCUCCCACACCUUCCUUGUGCCUGAUUUUCAAGAGUAUUUGGCCGUGGCAAGAGCAGAGGGCAGGGCUUGCUCUUCAGAAAAUUCCCCGCAAAGACCUUCCCCUCCCACAGGGGAUGGAGAGCCUUCAAUGGCUCUGGAUCAUUCUUCUGGAGUUUUUGCCCCCGGUUCGUAGAAUUGCGGCCUUGGCAGGCACCCAAAGUCCAUCUUGCCCAACCCCAGUCGCAGGGAAAUAAUCCCUGGCAGGUGGUUGUCCGAGCCCUGCUUAAAAACCUCCAAGGAAGGAGGGCCCACCACCUUCCCAGGGAGCCCCUUCUCCUCUCGGAUGCCCCUGACUUUCGGAAUUUUCCCUUCCUGAUAUUUAGUCGGAAUCUCCCUCCUUGCCCUUGGAAGCCACGGGUUCGAGUUCUCCCUUCUGGAGCAGCUCGCUCCAUUUUCAAUCUUUCAGAUAUUUGAAGAAGAGUCUUGUACCACGAUUAUUUCAUUAUUCACUUUUGGCGGGGGCUUGCUUGUUUUGGGCCCGCCCCAGAUCAAAACAAAGCCCAAACUCCCAGUGAGACUGAAAUGCGUGUUGAAUUUCAAGGCAAGAGUUAAGAAACACCAAAUGGGGGGCUGGUUUCUUUUUUUGAAAAUGGGUCACUUCCUCUCCACUGGCUCGUCCCUUCGCUGCCUGGCUCACCUGCGCCCAGGUGUGUGUGUCUGCAUGUUGGGGAGUGUCUUGGGUGGGACCUGUCCUCCCCCCCACACUUGUGACUGACUCUCUUUCCCUCCCGCCCCCCCAGGAGCAGACGGAGGAGGCCUGAGGUCCAGGAGGACAUUCCCUGUCGCUCUGUUCACCCCGGGUUGUGGGGCAAGUCCUGAGAGUUCGGAGCCAGAGCAGCUUCCUCCAUGGAGGGGGUGGGAUCUGCAGCCCCCCCCCCCCGUAAUCUGCCUGCUUGGACCACUCCUUUGCACAGCCUCCAAUACGAGUGGGGGGACGCCAGCCCCCGCCCCGUCCUGCCCCAAUGCCUUUUGCUGCUGUUCACGCAAGUCACCUGGCAGGUGGGGAAAGUGCCCCCCCAGCUGCAUGUGAGGCUGUUGCUGACCCCUGCCAGAUGAGGCACAUUUUUCAAGGGGGGGGACUUUGCUUUGCGCCCCUUGCAGUCCCUGUCGUCAUCGUCCCCCUUCUGUGCAUCGCUCUUUUAUGCCGUUUCCAGGAUUGGGGGGCUCUGAGGGUGGGGAGAGUAAGGCCCCCAGUCUGGUAGGGGGGAGCGGCAGCAGCAGCAGCAGUUCCUUUAGUUGGGAGGGGCUGCCCCCUCUGCUAGGAUGAGGGCUGUCUGUGGGGCUGCCCCAUACCAUGUGCAAAUGAAAGGGUUUCCUGUCAAUAAAGCCUUUCCCGUGAC